AUGAUACAAGUGGACAUUACUGAGAGCCUUUGGAAUAGGACAGAAGGUUUAUGUGGUAAACUGGACGAUGAUCAAACUAAUGAUUUAGUGAGCAAAGACGAAAUUCAAACAAAAACAAUUUCAACCUUCGCAAGUAGCUGGAAAGUUUUUGAUUUAAAAGAUGUUUGUAACGAUGACCCAACUGAAACACAUGGUUGUAAAAAUAUGGGACUUUCUUCAACUAUGGAGUUUAAAGCUAACGAAUUUUGUAAAAAGUUAUUUUUUGACACAAGAUUUGAUGAAUGUAAUAAUGUUGUAGAUACUGAAAGUAUAUUAAAUGCAUGCACAUGGGACUAUUGUUCUUGUCAAAAAACAGAUAAAACUGAAUGUGCUUGUGAAUCCUUAAGCAUGUACAUUCGCGAUUGCUCUUUGAAAGGAAUUAAAGGACUUGCUAAAUGGAGAGAUGAAAAACUUUGUCGGAGAGUCCAUGAGAAUGCACUCAGCGCGAACCAGAAGAGAAAAACAGGGACAGGCGAAGUAAAUCCGCCUGGCGACGGCGACCGGGCUAGGCGCAUACCCCAGAAACCGUCGGCAGGCAGACCCACAGCGGUCUACAUCGGAGAACAUGAGGCGGCUUUCACCUCGUGCCUCGGGAGGGUGGUGUGGAAGAGUAGACGAAAGAAAGACCAGAAGACAGGCGAGCUAUCAAGCUCGCCGACGGGGCUCGCACAGCUCGCAUCGGCUGGGCAAACGGAAUACGAACGUAGCAAGCGCCGUCGGCAAGCCAGAUAGCAGCAGACGAAUAAGUAGGUCAGAUGUGGGGCAUUUUCACCUCAUGCCCGGGAGGGUGGUGAGUAAGAGAAAACGAUAGGUAGAGAUGACCGGGACAAGCGGUGCGACCUAACCUGCCGACGACGCCCACGCGACCUGCAACGGCUGGGCAGACCGAGUACAGGCGUCACGAACGUCGUCCGUCAGGAGGGUGGUAUAUGUAGAAAAUCAGAGGAAGUGCACUAGACAGGCGAAGUGGGCUGACCCAUCGACGGCGCACACGCGGCCCGCACCAGCUGGGCCCAGCCAAUGCAG